UCGAUCUCCUCAUCCUCAUUUUUUUUCACUCCUUACCUUUUUAAAUCCCCUCCUUCACUAAAUUCAACUCACAUUUCAAAUCUCUCUCUCAAAAUGGCUACUGAUAAACCCUCCCUUCCUCCCCCCACUCUAGCUCAAUAUCCAGAGCUAAUUUUGGGAGCAAUUGAAGCUCUUGAUGACAAAAAUGGAGCCAGCACGGAGGCGAUAUCGAAGCACAUAGAGUCAAUGUACGGCGAAUUACCCGCAGCACAUUCAACCCUGUUGUCUCAUCAUUUGAACAAGAUGAAGCAGACCGGAGAGCUCGUUAUGUACAAAAACAACUAUCUGAAACCCGACCCGACCCGGACUUCUCGCCGCGGACGCGGCAGGCCACCCAAGGCGAAAGUCUCGCCUGCAGGUGAUGUUCCGGUUUCGCCGCCGCGCUCACGUGGCAGGCCGAAGAAGGCUGUGGAGAGUGAGGCGAAAAAAUCGGGGACGCGUCCACGUGGCAGGCCACGGAAGAAUGUGGAGCCGAAGAGUGAGGCGAAAUUGUCGGAUCCGCGUCCCCGUGGCAGGCCACCGAAGAUUGUCGAUCCAGCGGGUGCUUCGUCUGAGAUUCGUCCACGUGGCAGGCCUGUGAAGGCGAAGAGUAUUGAUCAGGGAGCUCUGGUGCCUGUGAAGCGUCGUGGCAGGCCGGCGAAGAUUGAUUCGAGCGCUACCAAGACAUUGUCUCGUCCACGUGGCAGGCCCCCGAAGAAUUCGCUGGCCGGCCCGUCUCGAGGACGUGGCAGGCCGAAGAAUGCGAAAGCUAAGGCUCCUGUUGCUCCUAAAAUCUCAACAGGUCCUCGUGGUGGCAGGCCUCUGAAUGAUAAUGCAGAAGACUUUGAAGGCCCGAUUUCCCUGCCUGUGACAAACAGUCCGUCUUUGAGUGGAAGGAAGCGAGGCAGGCCGAAGAAGGAGAAAGAUGCAUCUGCAACACAGCCUGGAGCCAAGAGGGGAAGAGGAAGGCCCCCUAAAGAGACUUCGGUUUAACUGAUUCAUUAGAAGCUUAAUUGAUUGGUAUAACACUACACAUUAGUCGUAGAUGUAGUCAUGUAGAUUUGAGCGUUGCUAAUUUAAUCAAUUGUAGUUCUUGGAUUUAAAUUGUUGGGUGUAGAGAAUUGAUUACUGGUGGGAUUUAAUAUGCAAUUGUUAUGUGUAAAUUCUGGUUGUUGGGGGUGAGAAACUGGUUAAAACAUUUGAAAUGAAUUGAUUCCUCUUUGUAUU